CCCUUUCACUGAGCAGUGACCCAAUCAGCGGCGCGUCAACAACGCAACCCGGAAGCAGGAAGCUACACUUUGAAAAGAGCGCCUUGUUUGGAAGAGUAGACGUUACCUGAAGGGUCCUCCUCCUCAUUGUGACCAUGAGUUUCUCCCCUCAUCCAUUAAGUACCCCUGGGUGCAACAGUAUCCAGGAGCAGAGAGACCGCUGGGAGAUAAAACGCAGUCGAACAGCCAAACAGUUGGUGCGGACGGAGCAACGUUAUUGCCAACAACUGGAACUUGUCACCACUUUCUUUGUGGAAAUCUUGAAGGCUAAAGGAACCUUGAAGCAGGACAUUAGAGAAAGCAUCUUCAGUACAAUUAAAGCCAUUCAUUCAGCAAACCAAUCUCUACUGAUCCAUUUGGAGAAUGGGUACUUUGGGAAAGGCUUCGACAAGUUCUGUUCACAUUUGCACCACUACAACACAUAUGUGGAUAACAUCUAUAAUGCCAACAAAGUGCUUGGGAUCCAGCUAAAAAAAAACAAGGCCUUCAGACAUUUUAAGAAACUACAGGAAGCCCGGCCAGAGUUCAACAACCAGAAGCUAGAGGACUUGCUUCAGCUACCCAUUCAGCGAAUUGAUCAGUAUAAGCAUUUUCUGGAGGACUUGACUUCCAACACAAGUCCACAUAACCCAGAGUUUGAGCAACUUUCAAGGGCUGUGACUGCGGUGUGCAUGGUGUUCCAGCGUAUCCAGGACAAUACCCAAUACCAUGAAAACCACCUGCAACUUUGCCGUGUUCAAAAACUGCUGAAAGGGCGAAAGUUGAAGGUGUUGGCUGCAGGAAGAUGGUACAUCCGUGAGGGCUGGCUGAAAGUGGUUCCUACAAAAGGUGCAGAGGCAAAACCCAAGAUGUUCUUCCUGUUCUCUGACAUGCUGCUGCAGGCCAAGCGAUGCAGCCCACUGCAUCUCACCAAUGGGGACAAGUUUGCAGGCCAGCACACCUACCCACUGCAGGACUGCGUUGUUGAAAAAGUGCUUGGUCACACCAAGAGCCGGGGAGGCCUGCUCAGUUUAACCUUCCCCAAAGCCAAACUGCUGCUGAUGUCCAACAACCAGGAGGAUCUCAAUGACUGGUAUCAAAGUCUGACCUCAGCUAUCAGGAAGCUUCACUCUACACAGGCCGCAUACCAUCAAAGAGAUGAGCUGCGUGGCAGACCUCUCCACUCAACUGCCUACAGCGACAACAUAACCAACGGCAAUCCUAGUAGGAAGAGAAAUGUGAUGUGCAUUGACACCAGUGAGCAAGCUGAGAAGCCACCAGUGGAGCCAGACUACAGCUCUCCCAAGGUGAUGAAGCAGCCUGACAUUCCAGUGCAGAGGCGCCCCCUCCAAGCUGUGUGAUACAUUGAUGGAUUUCUGCGAAUGGAAUUCAGUCUGAGAUGGAACUGACUGCCGUACAAAUCAUAUGUCGGAAAGUUUUACUUCAGACUGACCUUUGUGAUUCACUGAAUUUCUUUGCCAAAUAUGACUUACCAUGCUAUAUAUGCUAUAUCAUAUGCUCUUCAACACAAAGUCCGAAGAGGUUUGUUCAAUUUUGAACUAUUGUUUCUGAUUCUGUCAUGUGCAAUAUUAACUAUAUUACUUACCAAAUAUCUGAGUUUCUGGUCAACAGCAAAAAUUAUUUUCCUUAUAGAAAGUUACAGCGGCGUUAUUUAUGAGUUUACUUCUGCAAGUUAUUUUUCUAGGACUGUACCUCAAUGCACCAACACUUAAUUCCAUCUUUGUUAUUUUUCUUUUACAAGCUGCAGGAGCAUGCACACUCUGAUUCAAAGAGAGGGAGAGAAAAGAGGCUGUCACGUCAUUGUAAGAGGGAUCAGUUUGGGCUGCAGAUUUUUUCUUCAUUAUUAGAAGUAGUCAGGCAGGUUAGGCCUUUAUGUAAUAACCUAUGAAAUGGCCAGUGUUAAAUAAGUACCACUAACACACAACAUAAUGUUAGAUUCUACCAAAUAAAAAAAUACAACCAAAUGAACUAAAAUGUUUUUAAAAACCAUUCCCAUUAAUCACCUUUUAGCCAGUCAGUGAGGAAGUGAUACAUGUAUUCAAAUUUUCUAUACUGAAAUAACCGUUUUAAUAAAACAGACCUUAGUGUUUGAUUGAAUCUUUACAUAUUUGCAUUAUGUUUGAUAAUAUUGAUUAUGAUAGUUAUGUUUAAUUUAAUAUUGGCCAUUAGAGCAUUCCAUAACUGUAUCUAGAGAACUGGUUACACCCUGAUGUACAUGGAUGUACUAUACUUCACUAAUUAUUACUGUUGGAACAACAAAACCAGCCUUGACACACUGCUAGAUAACCAUUCAUUCAAUGCAGAUGCAGACUCACUCCUUAUUACACUUGUCUGUGUUGGCUGUAUGAUUGCCAGAUGUACAGUACUGGUUUAACGCUUUUGUGAGCUUGACUGUGGAGAAUUAUGACCACAAACACACUAAAAUCUGCAUCCAGGCAAGAUAGUCUGGUUAACAAAUAUAAAGACAUGUGUGCUGACUGUCAUGUGUUUUCAGUUACAGCAUAAUGCUUAGACUUAAUCAUACCCAAUGAUCUUAUUCUUCAUCUACAGGAAAUUGCUUAUAUUCUGUUUUUGUCAUAUAUUUUAUUAACCCUGUUUUACAUGGUUUGUCUUAACCUGCUUUUAAACUUUAAGAUGCAAUAUAUCACAUAUAAUUACGUGUUAUAAUUGUAGAUGGAAAAGGUAAUUUUCAAAUAAAAAAUCUACAUGAAA